UGGCACCAGCCACCAGUCUCUUUUACUUCAUUUUAACAAAUUUAAACCUAAAAAAUUCUCAAAAUUACUAUGAAUAUAUAAAAUUAAAUGGAGAAUGAAACGAAAGACGCUCAGUUGCCAGGGAAAUGUCCUUUACAAUUAAUUCAGCACAAUGACGUUACGUUUAUUGGUUGCGAUUCAAGCAAUCGCGAUGUGGAAAAGUGUCGCAGCUGCCUGACGCCCUUUUGCCGUAAACCCUUUAAGAUUUACCACAAUUCCCGGAAUUAUUUAGCCUGUGAGGUCCAAAGAUCACAGUCCACAAAUUCCACGAGGUCUCUGCCAGUGAAAUUUUCACCUAACACAAAAAAGGAUAACGAGUUUCAAUGUAAAAAAUGCUUACAAUGCGCAGCUCCCAAGUGCAAAACAUCUAUUCAGUCCAAAAAGCUUAAAAAAGAUAGGAAUUCGAUAUGUAAGAAAUUUGAAGAAUACAAAAUGCCAGAAAUUCGAUCUGGGCCUAUAAAACAAACUGUUCUAAGGGAAACCAAUAAGUACCGAAGGCUGCACAACGCCAAUCCCCUGAAAAUGGACGAAAAACUUUGUUCCUAUGCACAGCAGUGGGCAGAUCAAUUGGCUGAUCACAAUAAACUGGAAACUCGACCUGCUCCUCUUUAUGGCGAGAAUAUAGUGUGUGUCCGUAGAUCCAAAUUCUCCGUGGAGCAAAUACUGAAACUGUGGUACCAAGAAAAGUACAACUACGAUUACCUAAAGCCAGGCUUUAAUUUGUACACUGGGCAUUUCACUCAGUUGGUUUGGAGGCAGACGGAGUUCCUGGGAGUGGGCGUGGCAUGCGAUGUUCGCUCCAUUUGGAUUGUGUGCAAUUACGACCCGCCUGGAAAUGUAAGCGAUCAUUUUACGGAGAAUGUUCUGCCUAGAAAACUGCUACUUAAAUCGGACUUGGAUGCGGAGGAAACUAGAGAAUCGAAACAUCACAAGUAGAAAAUUAUAAAUAAAACUAGAAAAUACUAGACCUA